GAACAAGCUCUCCGAAAGUAUCUGCGUAUCUUUGUAUCUGCCAGAUUCAGAUUGUUUUUUACCGUCGAGCCGAGCGCAUGUACGUGAAAUAACUAAAAUAAACUAAUAAUAGUGCGCUCAAAGCGGAGUAUUGUGUAAAACACGCGCCGUUCUCGCUCUGUCUCGCUCAGCUACUCACACACACACACACCGAAAUACAUACCUGCAGGGCAGGGUGAAAAAACGGUGCUUGGAAAAUCGGAAAAUCGGUUCGGAAACUGUUGUGGGAACAAAGUGUGCCCUACGCUCCGGGUGUCACUUUGAAAUUUAGGAACGUUUUUAGUUUAUCAAAAUUUUACAAAAUACCCAAAACAACACCCACAAGUCUCAAUUAAAUAACGGUAGAGCGCAAACACCUGGCCGCGCAAAAAAUCGAUGAUGUGAAAUUUGGCCAAAAAAAAAUAAAAGCAAAAAUAUUUCACGUCAUUUCGUCUCAACUGGCGAGGAUUGCACAUUUUGCAAUUAACUAUCUUGGUGGACUGGACCGAGCUAUAUAGAUACAUAGAUAGUAAACGGCCAGUUACGUUGAUAGUAAAAGCGUACAACAAAAAAAAAAAAAAAAAAACAAAAACAACAAAAUAUAAGCGCAACAACCGAGAGCGGCACUGUGGCUGCUUAGUCAUCCGUGCGAGAGAUUCGCUUUGGCUGCAGCAGAUACAAGAUAUACAAAGCCCAGACUGUGAGCGAGUCAGUCCCCAUUGCCAGUGCCAGGUAUCCGACAGAUACAAAAGUGUAUGUAUCAAAAAGGAACUCUAUCUAACUUUGCAAGCCUACGUAAUUACAAAAUUGCAGCAACAACAAGAGCAACAACAGCAACAAUAUAAGGCAACGCCUACGACACGCCAGUGAUUACAACAACAAAUCGCUUACAGCCCAGGCUUUGAGGCUUUUUGCCUAGAUAGCGUAACCUGUUGUUGUUGUUAAUGGUGUUGGCUUUUUUUAUUUAUUCGAAUUUGGUUGCUCACCUCUCGGCAUCUAAAAUUGGGCAUUCGCAAGCGGCUUAAAUACGCUUUUGUUGGCAGCAGCAGCCGCAGCAGCAGCCGGAAUCUGCAAGUGGCACACCUGUUUGGUUAUUCAGUGUUUGUUUUCAUUUAUUUGCCCACUGGCCGCGGGUCAGUUCACCAACAGUUUGGAGCACCAGUUGAACGCCAGUUUGGAGUAUCAGCAUCACACAAAAUGUCGCGUUUGACCGAGGAAAUGGUCAUUGCACGGGCCAAACAGUCCGAUUUAAGCCUCAUCAAGAAGCUUAAUUGCUGGGGAAGUGAUCUCAGCGAUGUGUCCAUCAUCAAACGAAUGCGCGGAGUGGAGGUCUUGGCGCUGAGCGUCAACAAGAUCAGCACUCUGUCCCCCUUCGAAGACUGCACAAAGCUACAGGAACUGUAUCUGCGGAAGAACAACAUCUCGGACAUAAAUGAGAUAGCCUAUCUGCAAAGUCUGCCGGCCCUCAAAUACCUCUGGCUGGAGGAGAAUCCCUGCUGCGAUCGAGCGGGCGCCAACUAUCGAGCGAUCGUCUUACGCGCCCUGCCCAACCUCAAGAAGCUCGACAAUGUGGAGGUCACCCAGGAGGAGGUGGACGAUGCAUUGCGUGCCGGUGGCAGUGCCGCUCCCGAGGAUGAUGUCUAUGAGGAUGCCUACCAGCCACAACAGCAGCAGCAACAGCAGCAGCGUGCCUCGCCGCAGCAGAUGCCGCCACAGCAACAACAACACAGUUACCCGCAGCACUCGCCUCCGUCGCAGCAGCAGCAACAGUAUCAUCACCAGCAGCAGCAACAGUCGCAACAGCAGCAGCAGCAGCAGCAACCGCAUCAGCAGCGACGCAGCUCCAGUCCCAUGAAAGAGCCGCCGCAGUUGGCCAGUCCGCUGGCCAACCACAGCAGCGAAGCGACGACCAUCACCCACAGUGCCAGUGAUCUCUAUGGGACACAAACACAGCCGGCUCAGCCGGUGAGCAACUCCAAGCCUCCCACGCCCACCAAGGAACCCGUGCAUCCGCCAUCGCCCAUGUAUAACACCAUAACCAAAGAGCAGCGCACCAACUACCACCAGUACGAUCGCUCGCCGGGCUCCGACCAGGAGAGUAGUCCGCACAUGGGUUACAGGGAGGUGCGGCCAACGCCGCUGCCACCCAGCAUCUCCUCGCACUCAAUGAAGGUAAGCCGGUCACUUCCGGAACGAGGCCCGAAGUCGGAUCCCUGGGUGAAGAUGAUGAAGACGCUAUCUAAUUGUGGUAUUCCCGUACAGGAAUACUAUCAGUCGGAAAGAAGUGCCUAUCCGGCUCACUACCGGCACAGCCAGACGGACCUCACGGAAUGGGAGGAGCACCAACAGCACCAGGCUCCUCAGGUGCAUCACAAUCCCUACGGCAGCCAGAUGCAACUGCAUCAUCAGCCACAGCGUCGCAGUGCAGGACCCGAGAGUGGAGAGCGCUAUGGGUAUCGGAAUGGCAGUGCCCGGGAGAACGGUGGUGAAUGGGAUUCGGAUGCCACACCCAGGACAAGGCGUCCCGAGGGUCGCUUCAGCGAUUCGACUACCACACUUGCCGCCUCUGUGAUGAAUCACUAUGCGGGCUACCACCGUAGACCCGUCAACAGAAACUCGAAUCUGCUGUCCGCCACACUCUGCUUGGUGAAGGAGCUGGACUACGCCAGUCUGGAGGUGCUGGAGCAUGCCGUGCGCUGUAGAAUCGACGAGAUGGCGGGCGAAUGAUGAAGGCGACUGUCUAAUCGCAUGUCGAUUAGUUAGGGGAACACACUAUUACAUACAAAAGACCAGAGAGAAAUACUUAAAAGACACGCCGGAGCGGUUACUAUACUAACAACAAACAAACGAAAACAACACAGAUACUUAACAAGAAUAACGAUUCAUACUUGCCAAUUUUAAACUGUCAUAGUAUAACUAGAAUCUUUUGUAAGCAUUUUUUGCAAUGUAACAGACUAUGCUAAUGGCAUCGAAAUCUGAAAAUCAGAAUCGGCAAAUCAGAAACAAAAACAGGAGAUUCAGAAAAAUGUAGAAAAUAAUCGCAGAUGGAUGAAAUGAUAUGAAUUAACGUUUAGAUUGAUUUCUGCCUGUCAUGAUCCCAGAUCCUAUUUAGUUCAGAUCCCCGAUCGAGCAACAGACCGCAAAGAAACUAGCCUUCUUUUGUACUUAACUCGCGAAGAUCGAACUAACGAACUAACGACACCCAAGGCGUCAAGCACAAUGGAUCUUCCUUGUUUUUCUUCGUAAGAUUAGUUGAAAUUUAUACUCAUGUCUUUGUUAAAUAUUUGUACACGAGAGCAAUUAACGUUGAACCUUUAUUUUAAUAUAUUUACCUAUAAUGCAAAGAA